CCAGUGUUGCAGCACUGUGGAGGGAGAGAGGAGGAGGUCAAAACUUCCCCAGCGCAGUGAGCUAACUGCUGCCAGGAAUGGGCCGGGCCUCCUGUUGCGAUGAGGCAACAGCAAAGCGUGUAUAAAUACCAGAAUGCAUUGUGGACAAUCAGACAGCGGCAGGACUUUAAAAAAGAGCCGGCAAGAACCCCAAGGAACCCACCUGAAGCUGAAGACGAACACUUUGAAGAUACUGCGGCGCUCCUCGGUGGUCCGACACCCAUGAGAAAGAAGACCCGUCGACUCUAAUCUUCAAAAGGAUUUAAUAACUAAACCUCCCCCCCCCCCAGCGAAAAUGAAGGCAUUCAGCAUUGCAGUUGCAGUGACACUCGUGCUCGCCUUUAUUUGCAUUCUGCAGAGCUCUGCUGUCCCAUUCACCGGGGUGCACGAGCAGGAGGAGGCAGCGAGCAAUGACACUCCAGUUGCGGCGUAUCAAGAAAUGUCAACGGAAUCCAUGAUGAUGCCGGAUCACUUCAGGCAGAAGCGGCAGAGCCACCUCUCCAUGUGCCGCUGGUGCUGCAAGUGCUGCAGGUCCUACAAGGGCUGCGGCUACUGCUGCAAGUUCUGAGGACCGAAUAUUCAUUCAUGUCCCUAUCUUUGGAAACAACCUUUUCUUGACCUUUUCGUGACCUUUUUUCUCCUACGCGUCGCCUGAGAUAAGCUGUUUUGUAUCAUGUUAAAUGUGUGAUCCGUGGACGAGCGCUGUGCAAAACAAGUGCAGUGCUGUACUUAUUAUUUAUUUUAUAUGUUUUAAUACUUUCACCAUGUGAGUCUAUUUGUUAAGUCAGCGAUGUGUAAAUGUCUUCCGAAGAAAUAAUCCAGAUGUUUAAAUUCUGUCCAACAAGUUAAAAGGCUGUUGAAUAAAGUAUGACCAUUUUAAGCAGCU